AUGAGUGCUCAUUGGAGGGUGGCUAGUGAGGACUUCAAGCACAAAGCCAAGGUUUGGCAUGACACUUGCUACAAAGCCCACACCCAUACGAAGUUUCAUCUCCAUGCACGUAUCCUUGGCAUUGAUGAGGACCUUCAACACCACCCAAGCCUUGCCUUAGAAGCCCUUCAACGUCAUUUAUGGGAAGAACUGCACUUUAUUUACUUGCAAGAAGAACUCUUGUGGUUCCAGCGAUCAAGAUGUGAAUUAUUGCUUAAUGGGGACAGGAAUACAAAGUUUUACCAUAAUGCCACCCUCUCAAGACAGCGUCACAACAGAAUUCUUGUUUUAAAAGAUGAGAAUAAUAACUGGAUUAGUGAGCCUCAGGCUCUUAAAGGAAUGGUUGUUGACUUCUUUGUGAAAGUUUACACGGAUGAAGAGAAUCCUAUCACUCCAUUUCCUUUAUCUGGCUGCUUUCCCAAAGUAACGAGUCCGUCCUUUCCUCGGUUACACGUGAGUCCCUCCAAUGUAGAAAUCAGAGAAGGUCUCUUCGAUAUGCAUCCCUUCAAGGCACUUGGACCAGAUAGUCUCCAGACGAUUUUCUUCCAGUCUCAGUAG